AUAUGCGUGUGCCGUAACCAAAGAAGUUUUGUGAGUUUCUCUUCCUGUUCCGACUCCCAGCAAUGGCGGCUGCUGCUGAUCUGAGAGCCGAGCUGAGCUGCUCCAUCUGCCUGAAUAUCUAUACAGACCCCGUGACUCUGCCCUGCGCCCAUAACUACUGCCGGGGCUGCAUUGGGAGUUUGCUGGACACCCAGGAGGGAUCUGGGGCUUAUUCCUGCCCUGAAUGCAGAGCUGACUUCCAGGAACGUCCUGCCCUGCAGAGCAACAGAACUCUGGGGAACAUAGCGGAGCGAUUCCUUCCGGAUCAGCUGGAACAUCAGGGGGUGACGGAGAUCUUGUGCACUUACUGCAUCCACUCCCCUGUACCUGCUGCUAAAUCCUGUCUGCUCUGCGAGGCCUCCCUGUGUGAUAACCACGUGCGGGUGCACAGCAAGUCAGCGGAGCACAUCUUGUGCCAACCUUCCAGCUCUUUAGCCAACAGAAAAUGCUCUGCACACAAGAGGCUGCUGGAGUAUUACUGUAUGGAGGACAAUGCCUGUGUCUGUGUCUCUUGUCUCAUGGUGGGACCCCACGUUGGACACAAGGUCAUGCAGCUCAGUGAGGCUUCAGAGAGGAACAAAGGGAAACUGACAAACAAUCUAGAGAAACUGAUCCUAGAGAGAGACGAAGCUGAUAGAGAGAUGCAGAGGUUGCAGGGGCACAGGAGGGAAAUGGAAGGGAAAGCAGCCAAUGAGACGGAGAGAGUCACUGCCCUGUUUAGGGACAUCAGGGAACAGCUGGAAGCCCUGGAGAAGAGAGUCCUGAGUGAGAUCUCCAGGCAAGGAGAGCAUCUCUUACUCUGUCUCUCUGAUCUGAUCCAACAGUUGGAAAUGGAUAAGGAAGAGCUGUCCCGGCAGAUCCAUGACAUUGAGGAGCUGCGCAACAUGGCAGAUCCACUCACUGUCCUACAGGCCCUGGAACCAGAUGGAGACACAUUCUGUGAUACUGAGGAGGCAGAUACUGAGGGGAGCGAGGGUAACAAGGACCCUACACUAUGGGAUGAGGAUCUGAUCUCAGAGACUAUACUCACAGGCUUAGCUGGGAUUGUGAGCAGCAUGAAGGCAGCCGUUAGUAGCCACAAGGAUACAGAUAUAAACACUGAAGCUUCAGAGCUGAGUGACCCAGAGAGGGAACCCCUGCCCCCCGCAAAGCGUAAAUGUGACACCCCUGGGAGCUUUACCCUUCAGCCUGUAAGUGACCCGGUGUUUGGGCUGAAGGUCACAGACAUGGAAAUUGAUUUAAACACAGUUUCUAAACUACUGAGAUUAUUAGAUGGCAAGAAUGGUUUGUCCUAUUUUACCAUAUCCACUAAGUGCACCCGGACCGAUCACUUCUGCACCCCAGAGAGGUUCCAGGAUUACCCCCAGGCUCUGAGCAGCCAAAGCUUUUCCUCUGGGCAUCACUACUGGGAUGUUGAGUGCUCCUGGGGUAUACCGUAUUAUAUAGCAGGGGUAGCGUAUCCGAGCAUACAGAGGUACGGCCAUCACUCCUGUAUUGGGUAUAACAAGAAGUCUGUGGGUUUGUUCAGAUGGGGCAAUAGAUACUCAGUGAUACACGAUGGAAAGAGGAAGAACUUACCUCACAGCCCCACCUGCAAUAGAAUCAGAAUCUCGCUGGACUAUGAGGGUGGCCGCUUGUCCUUUUAUGAGCUGAGCGAGCCAAUCAGGCACUUGCACUCUCUGACUGCCACAUUCACUGAGCCCCUGCACGCUGCAUUCUGGGUAUCACUCUCUGACCUGACUAUUAUUCAAUAGAUCAACAGCCCAGCCAUUAUUAUAGCAGAACAGCAGUACAAACUGCUCAUAUAUAUUUGUAUGAAACAACUAAUGAUGAUGAAUUGAUAUGACUCAAUAUAUAUGACUUUAUUCAUUAUUCCUGUGAUUUAGUUCUAGGGGUUGGGUGUGUUCAGGGCAGAGCUUCUUGCACAGGUAAAAUAAGAGCAGGUACAGGGUUAUCUAGGAGCCUCCCAAUAGUUCAAAUAACAACCCAACUAUAUAGUAUGACGCUGCUUUACAUUAUACUUAUUCUUCCAAGGAUUCCCAGAUUUACUCUCCAUGUUAGAAAUUUUGACCUGUGGUUGAUAAUAUUUUUAAUUCUUUUUAGCCAAUUCUUAUCCUGUCCAACUCCCCAAGCCAAUCAUGUAGGUCCCAUCCAGUCACAUGUCUCCUCCUCACAGGCCCUUCUACCAUUGUCUCCUCAACUCUCUCAUUUGGUUUCUGCUCUUCCACUUGGAAUUACAGAUUCAGCUCUUAUACCAGUCUUGUCCCCCAUUAGUUUGUGGGUUCUUGUCCAACUUUCUCCUCCACUCGGUAAACUGUGAAGUGGUUGUAGACCGUUUCUUACCAUAACUGCCUUUGAGCGUCAGCUCUUCUCCCACUCUUACCACCAUUUGUGAGACCUAGAAAGAUCAGAUUUCUGCUCCACCAAGGACCAUUAGUUUGGGGUACUGCCCCGGGUAAGACUCAAGUUGAUCGGACUCAUGGAAAUCUUAGUGUAAUACACUGGAACACCUCUUGGGACAGGCGCAUAUACAAUAUUGAUCCAUAAAUACUUGUACCUUUUGCUAAUCUCAAUAAAUCUCUUAUUUGAUUAAGAAUCACGGGUGGCCAGUCUUUUUAUACAGUACCUAAGUGGUGAGAGUUGCAGUUCAGCUCCACUACUCUGUGAGGGUCCAGCUGAGGGGUCGCAGUGUAACUGUGUUGUGCCCAGAGAGCAGCAAGAAUCCAGUGUUACUGCCAAGUAAGGGUUAUAUUAAUAAUAAUAAUAAUAUGAGGUUCAUUGGUUUCAGUUUUAUUAUUCUACAGACAAUUUACCUUUAAAGUGAUACUGCGCCUCUUGUGGCUUUUUGUGUUAUUCAAUGAGACCAACUGAACUUCUGCUGCUCCGAGAUGUGUCUGGACUGUGUUUGCUGCGCUCCAGUAAUACAGUUAUUUCAUGCCAUUAGCUCCUUAUCCCUUUAAUCCUCUUCCACU